AUGUCGUGCCUGCGAGAACACUUCCAGUGUGGUAUGGUCCUCGACGGACGCUACCGCACUGUCGCACCCCUCAACCACGGCUCCUUCGGUAUGGUCUUUCAGGCCAAGAACAUUGAGACCGGCGAGAACGUUGCUAUCAAGUGCUUGACUAAGAAGAGUGCUGCUGACGAAGCUGGCUUCGAAUUUGCCGUUGACGACCAGUCGGAGGAGCUGGUUCUGCACAGCUUUCUGGGCCGGCACCCAAACAUUGUCAACCUUGUCGAGUCGUUUGAAACCGACACUCAUGUUUACAUUGUCCUCGAGUUCUGUCAGCGCGGUGACCUGUACGAGGCUAUCCGCAACGGCCAGGGUCCGCUCGAGACCGAGCACGUUCGCCGCUUCAUGCUGGAAUUGAUCAAUGCUGUUGAAUAUAUCCACUCGAAGGGCAUUUACCACCGUGACAUCAAGCCUGAGAAUAUCUUUCUAUCGCAGUCAGGUUCCAUGAAGCUGGGAGACUUCGGUCUCGCCACCACUGAUAAGUGGACCUACGAAACUACAGUCGGCAGCGACCGUUACAUGUCUCCGGAGCAGUUUGACUCGGCCGGUGCUGGCUACUCCCCGGCGCAGGCUGAUAUCUGGGCCAUUGGUAUUUGCCUGCUCAACAUUCUCUUUUCUCGCAAUCCCUUCACGACGCCUACGGAGUCUGACCCGUUGUUCCUCGACUUUUCUCGCGACAAGCAAUCCCUGUUCGACGUGUUCCCGUCCAUGUCUCUGGAUACCUAUGAGGUGAUUGUCCAGUGCAUGAAUUUGGAUCCGACGAAGCGUUCUUUAAUCGGCGCGCGCAAUGCUCUGUACCGCUUGGUUAGCUUUACUACUUUGGACGAAGCCCUUGAUGAGUUCUGCUCGGCAGAUUGUCGGGUCGUCGCCUCCGCUAACCGGGAGCCUCUGCGCACGCCAUCAGUCCAGAGCCCUCAGAUCGAAUGCGGCAAUGCUUUUCCAUGGGCAAAGGCUUUGCAUGCAAACUCGCUGCUCGAUAUGCGUCAGCUGAGUGCCAUUCCUGAUAAUGAGAGCUGUUACACCGAGGAGCUUUUCUCGAAGUCUGAAGCCACAAACUCUGACUGGAUGUCUGCCAUGACCGGUGAGACUCCGUCGAUGGCUUCGGUCCUCGACUCAAGCUUUGGUGCCUCCAUGAGCUCGUUUGCACUCAGCCAGCCGAAGUCGAAACAGCUACAACUGCCACAGUCAGGACGGGCUCUUGCUGACAGGGUGUCACCCAUGGCCGGCUCACUUCCAAUUGCCAUGUCCCGGACCCGCAACGCGCCAGACAUGUCACUGGUAUUCGGCCGUAAGGAUGCCGUGUCCAAGAGCUGGAGUGAUAUGUGGGAUGAAGAAGAGGAAGAGGAGGAGGAGCGUGCAAAACAGCUGGAGGCCCUGAAGAAGCUCAAUGCUAGGACCUGGAGCCAGGACGGUGCACUGGAUGGUGCCGAGCGAAAGCUGGUCGUCGAAGAUGACAACACCCCUCGCCAGGGUUUGUCCCCGGCGACCAAGUCAUUGGCCAUGGAUGCGUCUGUUUCACUGAAGCACUCUGCUCUUGCCAAUGUUCAUGAUGACAGCGCCGAUGAUCUCUUCUUCGCGGAUCCGCUUCAAGACGAGAAGGCUGAGCACGAGCAUUCCAAGGAUGUGUUUCCUAGCCUUGUGGCACGGUCUCAUCUUCCCGACGCUGCCAAGUCGCCAUCGGCUUUGGACAAGUGGGUGGCGUUGGGCGAGAGGCGCCGGGCACACACUGGCUCUUCUUCAGGGUCGAAGAGCUCGACAUCCCAGCAGGGCUGGACGAUGCGCACGGGGUUUCAAAGCGAAAAUGCUCUUGGGUACGGCUACAACUCAACAUCGGGACAUGCUUGGGAUCACCACAGCGGGUCUCCUCCUCGCCAGGCACACCACAUCACCUCUACCCACAAUGUGUCUUCGAUUGGUUUUCACAGUAGCCCGAACAAAUUGAACGCGGGCAAGGACCGUACCAAGGGAUGCCCUUGGAACAAAGGUCGAGGCUGGAAUUGGGGCUGGCGCCGGGACAGACGCGUCGAUUUCACCGACCUUGAAUGGGUUGGUGGCUGGUAG